UGCACGCGAGUGCUGGGACAGGAGCCCCCCCACCCGAGCUGGAGCCGAAGGAAGGCCACGAGCCUGGUGGAUUCUAACGGCUGGAUCUCGAGCCCAGGACUGAGUGACGUGGAGGCGGCGGUGGUAGUGGCGGCCGCCAGCCCAGUCCUGGGGAUCGGACCGGCUCGACGUUUGGGGUGUGUGCACUGACGAGCAGCUUCCAUUCCCGGGGCACCGAGCCUGUGACACCUACCGGCAGUGCGGGCUGUCCGGUCCACCGAACGUCAACACAUUCCAAAACUUUCGCCGGCGGCAGGGAGCAGAGGGCUUCCCGAGCCAUGCCCAAGUCUCCGGGCGCCAACGUGAACUUCAGCCUUAUUCACGCGUGGGAGAGGUACCGGCAGUCGGAGCAGGAUGAGCAGAUCAGAGUUGACUGUCUGGAGCGGUUCCUCACACUCUUCCAUUGCCACAGCCAUAGGGAAAAUAUGGACGGAGUAGAAGUCAUCAGAUUCUGCUCAGACAUGAGCAGUGCCUGUAACGCAUUGGCACGGGAAUUCCUGACAGAUGUGCAUCAGCUUUGCAAUGCUGUGGUUCAAAGAUCUGAGUGUAAAGAAGAGGAGGAAGAAAGUCAUGUGGUCGCAUUGGGAGAAUAUCUAGUUCGGGGUCGAGGAUACUUGCUACUUAGUACCUUGGAUUCCAUCAUUGAUCAGGAAUUAACCUGCAGAGAGGAAUUGCUAACUCUACUCCUGUCUCUUCUCCCUCUUGUCUGGAAGAUGCCUGUUCAAGAACAGAAAGCUCCAAAAGAUUAUAACCUAUCUGCACUAGAACACCUAUUGUUUACCAAAGAGACCAAGUAUUCUGCAACUAAAUCUCCUCAGGAAAAAGCAACACUCAUCCCUGGCAGAAGCUCAGUUUUAUAUGCUCAGGUACCAUCACAAUGCAACACCAGCAACUGGAAGACCAGACGACAACGUAGAAACACUCACUGCUAUUCUUUGAGGGAAGCCAGGAAAACAGCACUUUCCACAUCUGAUUCUGAAACCAAUUCAGAUGACAAGAGUUCAGUCAUGAUCAGACAAAGACGACAGCAGACUUUGCAGCCUUUUGUAAACUGCAAGUCAAGAGAGGACUGUAAUGCUUCCAAAGACAGUUUUCUCCCAUCUUUAAAAUUUAGAGAAGUUGCUCAGCAUGACUUAAGUUUAGAAUGUGCUGCUGCUUUGCUGCAAGAAACCGAUAUGGAGUCCUCCAUGUUGAAUAAGUCAGAAAAUACUCCAUUUGAUCUCUGUCGUGUUUUGUUGUCUCUAUUAGAAAAAGUUUGCAAAUUUGACAUGGCCUUAAAUCACAAUCCAGCAUUAACUGUGAACGUUGUUCCCACAUUGACGGAAUUUUUGGCAGGAAUUGGAAACUGCUGCAAUGGAAAUGUAUCUAAUACUGAGGAAGUUGCUGCAGGAUGGACCCCAGAGCCUGCAGCCCUGGUACAAAGGAUGCUUCUACGUACUGUGUUACAUCUUUUAUCAGUUGACAUAAAUUGCAGAGAAAAUAUACCAGACACACUAAGGAAAAAUAUUGCAGAUUUGUUGAGGGUGACAUUGAAGGUUAAGAACUGCAUUGACAAGUGUACAGAUCCCUUUGUCCCACGACUGAAAAUGACUUUCCAGUUCAAUGAAGAUUUUUCUUUCUCAAGAUCUUGUCACAAAAUUCUGCUGGUGCCAGAACUCCUUGAAGUGAUUUUGCAAAUUUUAAUUUGUACCCUACAAACAGCGUCCUCCAAUCCCUCCUCCUUCAGUCAGGCUAUGGACCUUGUCCAUGAAUUUACUCAGCAUCAUGGCUUUGAGUUGUUUGAAGGAAUAGUGCUUCAGAUGGAAAGAUUGGUUGCCAAAGAUGAACCCAAGUCUACUGAAGCAGCAGAGCAUAUCAAAUCCUUAAUUAGUAGUGUCAUGAAAAUAAUUAACAUUGUCAAGAAGGUAAAAUCAGAACAACUCCAUCAAUCUGUUUGUACACGCAAGCGGCACAGGCGAUGUGUGUAUUCUCACUUCAUGCAUCACCAUAGAAAUCUGUCUGGCCUCCCAGUUGCAGCAUUCAGAAAUCAGCUGUCCAAAAAUCCUUUUGAGAUGACAUUAGAUGGUGAAAUUUAUUAUCCUGAUCGUUGUUGCUGUAUUGCAGUGUGUGCCCACCAAUGUCUGCACUUGCUUCAGAAAGUUUGCUUAAGUAGCACUUGUGUACAGAUUUUAUCAGGCAUACAUGCUGUGGGGAUUUGUUGUUGUAUGGAUCCAAGGUCUAUCAUUGGCCCCAUGAUUCAUGCCAUAAAGCUACAAACUUUAAAGAACUGUCAGCAAGAUAUCUUGAGUAUUCUGACUAAAUUUAUCCUUGAGCAGCUUGGGGGUGAGGAGGUUUCAGUAAAAAUGAAACAAGUGAAUUGUAACAUUUGUGCUGUUGAUAGUAGCCAGAUACCUAAUGUGGCAGAAAUUCUGCAUGGAGGUCUUAUGAACAUUAGUUCCUCAACCAGUCUUGUCAACCCAAUUUACAGAGCAGAUAGUAUUCUGCCAAGUGGAGGAUCCAGGGAAAUGUGGAUGUGGGAAGCUUUGAAAGCCUACCAAGAUCUUCUCUUCAUUGAUGAUGCACAGCUGAGUUUGCAAGUUGCUGGCCACGUAUGCCAUCUAAUACAAAAAGGCAAUGCUGUCAUUAAAUGGCAACUUUACACUCAUAUCUUUAAUAGAGUGCUUCAAAGAGGAGUGGAGCUAUCUCAUCAAACACAGAAACUGGGAAUAAUGACAGCCUGUACUGAAGUAUACAACAAUCACAACAGAUGUUUGUCUCCGGAUGUCCUUCAGCUUCAUCUGCACACAUUGCCUUCACUCUUUAAGUCAAGGGUAGUCAGAGGCCUCUUUUUGAGCUGCAAUGGAUUAAAUCAAAUGACCGAGCUAAUAUCUCUAGACUCCGUUCGAUCCUAUGCACUGAACGUAUUUGAAACCUUAAUCCUGUGCCUUAGGGAUCAACAGCUAGAUGCAGGAAUGCAAGGUGAAGAAACUAAUGCAGAGGACUCUGUUUUGGAUCCCGGAAGCACUCCAAGUAGCCAAUGUGCUGCACAGCAUAAAAAUGAGAUGCCACAAACUUUAAGCAAGUUUUAUGCUGUGCUCAAAGAAGCAUACCCCCAGAAGAAGAACGAUCAAAUCAUUGACAUCAACUUAAAUGUAAUAAACUUGUUUCUUUGUGUUGCAUUCCUGUGCAUUAGUCAAGAGCCUGAAUCUGAUCGUGAGUCUGCCAAUGAUUCUGAAGAUACCUCAGGGUACGAUAGCACAGCCAGUGAGCCUCUGAGCCACAUGCUUCCUCACUUGUCACCGGAUAGUGUUGUUUUGCCUUCGAAAGAGCAGAUCAGGCAAGUAGCAGAUGUGUGGUCUGCGUGUCGUUGUAUCUACCUGAAAAGUAUAGCAUUCCAGAAACAAUUCCAUAAACUUGGUGGCCUGGGGGUCUGUCGUCGACUGAUGACAAUGAUCAUUCAACAGAUCUCUAGCUCAAGGAAAGACAACAUAAAAGCAAAUCAAGUUAAUAUGUCUACUCCAUGUGAAAAUCAAAAGGAAUUGGGAAUUGACACACAUUCACCAUCAAGUCUGGUGACCAAAAAAGAAUUGUCAGAUAUCAGCAGUUGUGAGAAGUCCACUAAACCAGAGUCUGAACUUGUUCAAAAAAUAGCAUUUGGAGACCAACUGGAUGCACGGAGUUUUGCUGUUGGAGAUGAUAAGAUACCAAAAGAUCGGAAUGUUGUGGAACAGGAACAUUGUACUACAGAGGAGGAAUGGGAACUCCAUAGUAUCAGGCUUCUGGAAGCUUUAUUAUCCAUCUGUCUACACCAUUCUUGGAAAACUGACUUUGACUCUGCUCCACAGAACCUUUCUGUGGAUGAAAUAUUGACUGAUAUGCGAGACCUACUUGUUCGUUCUGGUAUUGUUGAUACGAAUCUGGCCAAGCCUCUCUUCGAUUCGUUGCAAACUGUAUCCUUAGGAGGAAUUUCUGUGGAUGGCUGUUCAGCUGAACAAGAGAGAAAAAAGAAAAUAAAUAAUCAGAUGGCCUUACAGCUGGCUGACCUUUCUGAGGAGACAGAAGAGCCACAAUAUUGUAACGUCAGGCUUUUUGCAGAAGAGGAGGGAUAUGAGGCUGAUAGUGAAAGUAAUCCAGAAGGUUUUGCAGUCAGGGAGGAAGAUGUGAAACCAGAACACAUUUCCUUGGUUCAGUCAUCCAGUUAUUUCUCCAAUAUUGCUGAGGGUAGUGCACAGAGAGAAUUGAUGUAUCCUGAGAUCUGUAUGUUAGAACUCACCCUACUGUCUGUCGGCAAUCCCAGUCUUGAUGUCCUAAUCCAUGUCUUCAGAGGUCUGCUCAAGAUUGUCCAACACAGUGAAAAGAAUGCUGCAUCUGUUUAUCAGCAGGGAGCUGUAAAAACUAUUGUGGGUGGUUUCAAGACUGUAUUGUGUCAAUCUGAGAUCAUUUUAGAGGAGUGCCAGACAUUACUCAUGGAAUUAUUGGUGACUCUGAUCAGCUCCAGGUUAUCAGCAGAAGAGUUGACACUCUUUCUGAGACUGUUUUUAGAGCGAACCCCUCCAACUAAGAUACUACUUAGAGGGAUUCUGAGGAUAGCGGAAGCAAAUGUAGAUAUGCUCCCAAUGCACUACCUAACCUUUCCAACUGUAUUCAGCACAGAUAUUUUCACUACCAUUCCAGUCGUGCAGAAAACUAAUUCCGCUGUCAGCAAUAAGAACUCCAGUCUUCUAAGGCGAGUCAAGUUUCCACACAGCAAAAGAGAGACAGAAUUUGAGGAAUAUACCCACCGAUUGUCGUCACCUUGGCAUGUGGCUCCACUCCAUUUGCCACUUGUUGGUCAGAACUGUUGGCCAAAUAUGUCAGAUGGCUUUAGCGUCUCUCUCUGGUUAAAAGUAGAAAUCACCAAUGCAACAGACAGGUCAUUUGAGAAAAAAAGGAAACCAAGACAAUAUCGGCUGGCUACUUUCAGAGAGAGUAGUUUUGAAGGCAUGGAUGAGAAAACACCCGGCUUAGAUUGUGGCAACAUUACGAAUUGUGGUGAUAAAUUGGUUGAAGAUGGGUGCCUCCAUGUGAUUUCAUUGGGGUCUAAAGAAAUCAUGCUGCAAGUUUGGGCUGAUUUGAACAUAGGUGGCUUUAUAUUCAGAAUUUGCAUUGAUCCAAAUGAUGACUUGAAAGCAGGCCUGCUGGCACAAGCUGAGUCACAAGAAAACAUUCUAACCCCAGGAAGGUGGCAGCACUUGGCAUUAACCUAUGUCCAGCAGUCAGAAAAUAAGAAGUGUAUUCAUGGCAAACUAUCACUCUGGAUGUCUGGACAAAGAAAGUCUGAUGUGGCCUUGGAUUAUACUGUUCCUCGAAAGAGCAGCCUGUCCUCUGACAGUAAUAAAACUUUUGCAAUGAUUGGCUACAGUAUGCCCCAACAAGAAGAUACGACUAGGUUGGCUGGAAUUUGGAGUAUUGGAAGCUUGCUUCUUUUUAAUGGUGCCAAGAUCGGGCCGGAAGAAGCCUAUUAUUUAUAUGUCUGUGGACCUGAUGUCACCACCAUCAUGCCCUGUAAAUAUGGCAAAUUGCAAGCGAAUUACUCUAAGUAUGUUACUCUGGAGAUUCUACAAUGUGAUCAGAUUAGUGAUUUUUUCAUGAAAUAUAAAGAAGUGGACACUAGCCCUCUGGUGGAUAGUCUUUCUGUUGUUUACAAUCCAAGAUGUCCUGCUCAAUAUACAAUCUACGAGCCAGUUAUUCGACUCAAGGGCCAAACACGAACUGUCUCAUCACAAAGGCCAUUUAGCUUGAAGAAUAUCCAAAGCAAUGUAGCGAAACCUCAGCAGCUAAAGAACUUGCAGCCUUUGGAGCAUCAAGACCUUCAGCGUAUCCUGCAUAAAAUUGGAGGAAUUGGUGUGUUCAUCUUUCUCUUUGCCAGGUCUGUAGAGAUUAGUAACUGUGAAAGGACCCAAGCUCUAGCAUUGAAAAUUGUACUUACUUUGACCAAGUAUAACCAGCAAAGAGUCCAAGAAAUGGAGAGCUGUCAUGGCUAUGCUAUGAUUCACCAAGUGCUCAUAAAAAUGAAAUGUGUUGUAGGUUUCCAUAUCUUAAAGGCUUUACUUGAUGGAUGCUGCAGUGCUCCAAUUCUUAAAUUUAACGAGUCCACAGGGCAAUUCGAAAUUGAUACAGAAUCGAUUGCUGUGAUCCAGGAUGUGAAACUGCUGUCUGAAUUGUUAUUGGAUUGGAAGAUCUGGUCUAAAGCGCAGAAUGGUGUCUGGGAAAUGCUUAUGGCAGCUCUUGAAGUGCUCAUUAGAGUCCAUCAUCCAAAGCAGAUGUUCAAUGUCAAGCAGCUUCUCAAGGCACAAGUGGUGUAUCGCUUCCUUUUGACAUGUCAAGUUCUUCAGGAACACCGAGAUGAACAUUUGACAUCUAUCCCUCGGGAAGUCUGUAGAUCGUUUGUGAAGAUCAUUGAGGAAGUACUUGGUUCACCACCAGAUCUGGAAUUGUUGAAGCUGGUUUACAAUUUUCUGUUGGCAGUACACCCUCCCACUAACACCUAUGUUUGCCACACCCCACCAGGCUUUUACUUUUCCCUCCAUAUAGAUGGUAAGAUCUUUGAAGAAAAGGUCAAAUCAAUCUGGUAUAUGCGGCAUUCUAACAGUAGUGGGAAGCCUAAGGAAAGUCCUGGCUUUCUUUCUCCAUCUGCUUUCAUCGCUAUCCCAGAAAAUGAAGAUAAAAAAAACAGCACAUUUAACUAUCCAAAGCAGGAGUCUCCUUUAUUACCAGUAUAUGAGCAGUACUCCCAGAGUCUACCAGUGACCCCUUCUACCUCACCACAAGUGCGAAUCCGAAGACUGAGACCAAGAGUAGAAAGAAACUUUGGUGACUCACAAGAAGUUCCUGAGUGUGAAUCUGACAGCCUUGGCUUUUUACCAGAGUAUACCCCUAAAAUGAGCACUUUGGAAACUUUGAAAAAUGCACAAGAUGAAAUGUACCUCAGCAGCUGUGAGUCAGCAAAAGCUGUGUGUGAGUCUGCAAGGGGAUCUUCUGCCCGAGGUGAUGCAGAUGGUCAUGUACAGGAUUCUUUCAAAUCUGUGGUACAGUUGGAUAACCUGACAAAUUUGGUUGCUAGUCUUGGAUGUGAACAUAUUUCAGAUGAAAGCACCAACAUUUCAUCAGCUUUAGAAUCAGAACUGAAGCAGGAAGGAGGCGGUGAUGAAGGAUUAAAUCGGCCUGAUAGUCUCCGAGGAUUACAGACAUUCCAAAAAAGUCAGAGUAAUUUUACCAGCCUGGGAUUAGCGUUUCCUUCCCAAAAUGGAUCGUUAGUUAUGUCAUGUUUGCCAAGUUUAGCUGACAAGAACUUGAUUCCUGAAGAAUGGGAGAGUUUUGGCAUUUCUCCUCUCUAUGAGCGACCCUAUAAUGAAACUGAGGUUGCUGCAGAAAGAUCUGCGACAGAAGACUGUCUAAUUCUGAUCUGCUGUGGGCUCUAUGACCUUUUGCGAGGAAUCCUACUCAUACUGCCAGAUGUAAUGCUGGCUGAUGUGAUGGACAAGUUGAUUCAACCGGAAGCAUUGAUAGUUCUUGUCAAUCAUCCAUCUCCAGUAAUACAGCAAGGAGUUAUUAAAUUGCUGGAUGCAUAUUUUACACGAGCAUCAAAGGAACAAAAGGAAAAGUUCUUGAAAAACCAUGGAUUUUCUUUGUUGGCCAACCAGCUAUAUCUCCACCAAGGAUCUCACGGUCUGCUGGAGUGCUUCCUUGAAAUGUUGCUCGGUCGGGCAGUUAAUCUGGAUGAAGAUUUGGAUACAGAGACUAUGGCUCAGAUUGACCCAUUUCGUAAAAGAUGCAUUAUUCCUGUUCUUGGCCUGAUUGAAAACUCCCUGUAUGAAAAUACAUUGGUGCACAAUAAAUUGUGUGUCCUACUCCAGCUUUUGAAUGCCUGCCCCAAGUUAGCUGACAUACUGCUUGACAACGGCUUAAUAUAUGUCUUGUUGAACACCUUAGCAACAUUAAAUGGAUUAGAGAAUGGUAUUCCAGUGAAUGAGUACAAAUUGCUGCUAUGUGAUAUUCAGCAACUACUAGUUGCUAUUACCAUCCAUUCCUGCAGCUCUUCUGGUUUACCAUAUUUUCGCAUAAUAGAGGAUUUAAUCUCACUGCUUGGAUACCUGCAGAAGAGCAAGGAUGCAAAAACAAAAGAAUUAGCUAUUGCACUGCAGUUCCGGGUCCUUCAAGGUGCUAUUGAAUUUAUAAAAGACACAGCCAAUCAAGAUGCUCAGAAUAUAAGUAGCUCCUUCCAUUUACCUGCAAAACAGCAUCAUGCCAUUCACCAGAAAAGGAAGAGUAUUGCAGGUUCAGUUGCAUUGAAAGAUUCCAUAAUUCCACGGCUGUCAAGACAACAUUUCUCUUCGCAUGGUCACCUUCCAAUGACUUAUUGCUUCAGCUUAGUAAACCAGGAGUCUCCUGGUUUACUAUUCCCAACUGGAUCCACUUCCUGUACUUUCCUUCCAGAAGCAGGUCCUCGCAGGUAUUCAGCUGCUCCAUCUGAUAUCUUGCUGAUGCAAAUGCGAUCAGUAGCCAGUGAUGAAUUAUCAUUGCUUAUGCAGAGGAGGAUGAGCCAUGAGAAUUCUAUGAGAGCUUCUGAGACUGAGUUUGUCCAGAGACUGCAGAGACUCACAGUGUUAUCAGUGAACAGACUAAUUUACCAAGAUCCUGACCUCAACUUCCUGGAUUUAUUGAGCACGUCUGAAUAUCCACAUCACGAUAGAAUACCGACUCCUCCAGGUGAAGACUUCGAGGGAGGAGCAUCAAUGCUACCCAGCAACAACAUAAAAACAUUUCAGAAAGAAAUGUUAAAACUGAUGGUUGAAGGGAUUAAAAUAUCCUUGGGAUCAGGUAGAAAUAGCCCCCCACGGCAGCAGUGGAAACGCAUGCUUUGGUCUUGCAGAGAGACAUUCCGGUCCCAGUUGGGUCGAUUGCUUGUUCAUGUUUUGUGCCCUGCCCGCUCACUAGAAGAAAGAAAAAUGGCUUUAGAGAUAGUUUAUGAACCAAGCCAUCAGGAAAUUCUGCGUGAAUGUCUUGGUCAACCUCUGGAGCAUGGACCCAAGCUAGCACUGUAUCUGUAUGAAUUGAUGCAUGACCACAUGGAAGACUUGACCAAGGAACAGCAAACUGCAGCAGGGAACUUCUUCACCUCUUUAAAGAUUUGUGGAUAUAAGUGUAUUCCACUUAAUGCUCCACCCAAACCAGAUCUCAUUAAAGCCAUUGAAGAGGAGCAAGCCAAAUAUGCAAAUGAAGAAAGUGCAAAUAGAGCUGCUUGGGAUAAGAAAAUGACAACUUCUCAACAGAGCCUUCUCCAACGACUUGAUUUGAAAUCAAAAGAUAUUUCAAAAAUAGCAGCUGAAGUCACUCAGAAUAUAUCCCUGCAUCAGGGUAUGGAAAGGAAGAAAGUAAUUCAGCAUAUCAGGAGAAUGUACAAGGUGGAUUUAAGUGCUAGCAGGCACUGGCAAGAACUUGUUCAGCAACUAACACAUGAUAGGGCAGUGUGGUAUGAUCCGGUCUCUUACCCAAUUUCAUGGCAACUGGAUCCUACAGAAGGUCCCAACAGAGAGCGGCGACGUUUACAGAGAUGUUAUUUGACCAUACCUAACAAAUACUUGCUCAGAGACCGACAAAAACCAGAAGAACCACUGAAGCCACCAUUGUCAUUCUUGUUUGAAGAUAAAUCUCAUUCUUCUUUUUCAUCAAUUGUAAAGGAUAAAGCAACAAGUGAACCUAUCAGGUUCAUUCGCAAAUGUAUCAAUGUUGCCCCCUCUCGAGAAACACUUGGUGAACUCCUUUUAGGAGAGUCAGGAAUGUAUUUUGUUGAGGAUAAUGCUGCCGAUGCCUUCGAACAUCCUAGUUCUGGAGUGGAAACUGAACCAGCUUCAUUCUCCUGGACUUAUGAAGAAAUUAAAGAGGUUCACAAGCGAUGGUGGCAGCUGCGUGACAAUGCCUUGGAAAUCUUUCUAAUUAAUGGCAGAACGCUGCUUCUAGCAUUUGACAAUACAAAGGUUCGGGAUGAUGUUCAUCACAACAUUCUUACUUCCAACCUACCAAAUUUAUUAGAAUAUGGGAACAUUUCAGCUCUGACCCAGUUGUGGUGCUCAGGACAGAUUACAAAUUUUGAAUAUUUGACCCAUUUGAAUAAACAUGCAGGUCGCUCCUUCAAUGAUCUUAUGCAGUAUCCUGUUUUUCCUUUCGUAAUGAGGGACUAUUCUAGUGAAACAGUUGACCUAAAUGAACCUGCUAUUUACAGAAAUCUUCUGAAACCUAUUGCUGUACAAUCCAAAGAAAAGGAAGAUCGUUAUGUGGAUAACUAUAAGUAUCUAGAGGAGGAAUAUCGUAAAGGGGCUCAGGAAGAUGAUCCAAUGCCACCUGUACAACCGUAUCAUUAUGGGUCUCAUUACUCAAACAGUGGAACAGUCUUGCACUUCCUAGUUAGGAUGCCACCAUUCACCAAAAUGUUCCUGGCUUAUCAGGAUCAAAGUUUUGAUAUCCCAGAUCGAACAUUUCACUCUAUGAAUACUACCUGGCGCCUGUCCUCAUACGAAUCUAUGACUGAUGUGAAAGAACUCAUUCCCGAAUUCUUUUAUCUUCCAGAGUUCUUGGUCAAUAGAGAAGGUUUUGACUUUGGGAUGCGGCAGAAUGGAGAAAGAGUAAAUCAUGUUAACCUUCCACCUUGGGCUCGCAAUGACCCCCGGCUGUACAUUCUAAUUCAUCGCCAAGCCUUGGAAUCAGAGCAUGUUUCCCAAACAAUUUGCAAUUGGAUUGAUUUGGUGUUUGGAAACAAACAAAAGGGCAGAGCUGCAGUUCAUGCUAUCAAUGUCUUUCAUCCUGCAACAUACUUUGGUAUGGAUGUAUCGGCUGUUGAAGACCCAGUUCAAAGACGAGCCCUGGAGACUAUGAUCAAGACCUAUGGGCAGACCCCUCGGCAGCUCUUCACAACUACUCAUCCCAGCAGACAUGGGCCGAGACUCUCAAUGGAGGGGGAGCUGCCAGCAGCUAUGGGUCUCCUCGUGCAAUUUGCUUUCAGAGAGAGCAGAGAGCAAGCCAAGGAAGUUGUCUACCCGAGUCCCCUGCCAUGGAUUCAAGGACUGAAGUGGGGCGAGUACGUGGGAUCUCCCAGUGCACCAGAUCCUGUAGUUUGCUUCUGUCAACCCCAUGGGGAACAGUUUGGAUCGCUAUUAGCAUUGCCAACCAGAGCCAUUUGUGGUCUAUCAAAGAAAUUUUGCCUUAUGAUGAUAUACAGUAAGGAGCAAGGUGUUCGGAGUAUGCACAGUACAGACAUCCAGUGGUCUGCUAUUUUGAGUUGGGGUUAUGCUGAUAACAUGCUAAGAUUGAAAAGCAAACAAAGUGAGCCCCCCAUCAACUUCAUUCAGUGCUCUCCUUUACACCAGGUUACAAGUUGUGCAUGGGUGCCUGACAGUUGUCAGCUCUUUACUGGCAGUAAGUCUGGAGUGGUUAUUGCGUACUCAAACAGAUUUACCAGCAGUAUGUCUUCAGAAAUUGAAGUGGAAACAAAAGUCCACUUAUUUGGGCACACUGAUGAAGUAACCAGUCUGUGUGUCUGCAAACCGUACAGUAUUCUAAUCAGUGUCAGCAAGGAUGGGACCUGCAUUAUAUGGGAUUUGAACAGGUUGUGCUAUGUUCAAAGUUUAACAGGACAUAAAAGUCCAGUGACGGCAGUUUCUGCGAGUGAGACAACAGGUGAUAGUGCAACAGUUUGUGAUUCCGUUGGUGGUGGUAGUGACCUGAGGCUAUGGACAGUAAAUGGAGAUCUCAGUGGCCAUGUACAUUGCCGAGAAAUAAUCUGCUCAGUAGCUUUUUCCAAUCAACCCGAAGGUGUAUCUGUCAAUGUUAUUGCUGGAGGGUUAGAAAAUGGCGUUGUAAGGCUGUGGAGUACAUGGGACUUGAAGCCUGUUCGGGAAAUAGCUUUCCCGAAAUCAAAUCGGCCUAUUGUCAGUCUCACGUUUUCCUGCGAUGGCCAUCAUCUCUACACAGCAAACAGUGAUGGCACUGUGAUAGCCUGGUGUCGUAAGGACCAACAACGGAUGAAGCUCCCUAUGUUUUAUUCCUUUCUAAGCAGUUACGCUGCCGGCUGAACAUUUAAAUUGGAUUUCUUUAUACCAAUCACUGUGCACAUUUAGAAUUUUCAGUGCUUUUGGGUUAAGAUUGAGGUUGAGAAAUGAAAUGUUCCUCUCCUCAGUUGUAUAUAUUCUAAAUGAGAAAGAUCCUCAUAAAAGGAGCAAUUGAUUUUCAACAGAACAAGAUGGAAUAUGGAAACAGAUCUGCAGAGCAGCUUUUGUCAUUGUGUUCUGUUGCCUUCCUGCCCAUGAUGGAAAUUCUUGACUUGUUGCAUAUGCAGUACUUCAAAAUAUUAAUGGUUUCAAAUGGGCAACCUAAAACUCAGUUUCAAUUUGAUGUAAAUUAUGCAAUGUGUCCGGUUGAUAAUUUUACAGAGUGCAAUAUUUUUUACUUCUGAAUCUAUAUCAAGUUUUGCAUACAAUGCGCAUGAGACCAAGCAGCGUAAUGAGGUACACGAACAGAAUCAACUACAUAACGGAGCAUGGAAUUAUGAUAUAAAGCACCUUAAACCAAUUUCUGUGCACACAGCGUCUAUCUGCGAUUGCCUUGAAUGUUUUUCAUCUUUGUAAGUGUUACCAUUUCUCAUACUGUUUCUUGAAAAUGAUUCUGUCAUCUGAAUAAUUUGAUAUGAAUCAAAUUGUUCCUUCCCUUUAUUUUUCAUAAGUAACAAUGAGCAGAUUGAGAGAUCAAGCUUUAUUUUGCCAGUGCCUGCCAGAUUGCAUGAAAAGAUACAUCUACCUUAAAGCGAAUGGAUAACAGAAAUUCUACACAGAAAACUAUGCUGGGUUUAUUGAAAAUACAAUACUGGUGUCAAUUAGGUUGAUUAUGGUCGAACUGUAACCCACUUGUGUCAAAUACAUGACUGUUUAUUUAACUGGGAGGCACAUGAUCCCAAUUUCGUCUGCCAUUUUCUCUCUGAAAGUUGUCUUUUGAUUAUUAUUCUUAAAUAUAUUUAAAAAUAAAGAGUUGAAAAGUAUGCAUUUUGCAAGUAUUUUGAUGAAAGUGAGAUAGUUUGUGAUUUUGCUGAUAUUUAAAACUUUAGCAAAUAAGUUUUAAAAAAAUUAUGAAACCAUUGUUCCUCAGACUUGGAAAGUGAGCGUUUGCUGUCUUUUGUACUUCCACUCGUUACAUAUCUGUACAAAC